CAUAUCGACGCAUGCGCAGUGCGGCGCUCGGUCGGACAAGGGCACAGAGAUGGAAUGACAUUUAGUGCAACAUGAACUGCGACUUUUCUAUUCGCGAAAUACGAAGCGAUAAAUGUGCAGCAUGGGCAACACUCUAUGGAGGUGAAGCUCUUCAAUACGUUAAGAGCUUUAGAUUAAGAGCUUUAGAUCGUAGUCGAUUUUCUGUUGGCGGUUGACAGAGUAUUGAAGAAAGAAGAGUUAAGGAAGUGAACAACUUUUUUUUUUUUUUUUUUGUUAUUUUCCCCUCCUCCCCAUGUAAUGGCAACAGAGUAGCUGGCCCUGUCUUUGGACCUAUCAGUUUGCUGGGUUUUCCCCUCUCAUUGAGCUGAAUGGCUUUGUGUAGAGGGGGUAUUGCCUUUAGGGUGGGCUGUGGGAGGAGUCAUGGCUGCCGGCAACCAAUCAAGCGACAGUGCUGGAGUCUCAAGCAGGCCCUGGAUCUGCAGUUUAACGGACCCUCCCGACCAAUAAGCAACAUCUGUUUGGCACUCGCUCCCUCAAGCUGCUCGCGCCGUGGGCAAGCUGGCCGCCUUGCGUUUGAGCCGCCGCUUGUUCGCCGGUCACCCGCCGGCCGCCCGACCCGAAUGCUCAUCCUGGAGGAGGACUGGGAGAAGGCGGUCAGCCUGUGUGUGCUGCUGGGCCCCGGAGACUUCCAAGGCCAGCGAACUGUGGUGGCAAUCCCAGUGCUGGCCCCCAGCCAGCUCGGCGAGCUCUUAGCUCUGGGGUCUGGAAAGCGCGGAGGGAUCUUUCUCCCUUUAACCACCGUUGACGGAACCAGGGAGGAUGACAUUAAUGUACGAGGAGAAGUCAGUGACAAGGAGGAGGCAGGGAGGGAGUCUUUCCGUAGCUCCUUUCGGACAGAGAGCUGUCCUGCCCCCUUUGUGCGAGGGUCCCCAUUCUAUUGCUUCCAUGGCUCAUUCACGGAGCCUCUGUUCAGUUAUGAAGAUAAAUCAAGCCUGGGGAUUGGGCUGCAGGUGCAGGCCUCAGGCCUCAGUCUGUCGCCUCCUGCUGCUCACUAUAAUGACUUGGAAAAUGGAGGAAGAGAAGGGAAAAGCGACCAACGAGAGAGGGAGCAAGAAGAGAAGCUGGCCCUUAUGUACGAAGCAUUGAGGAUUGAGUUGCCAAGUUUCUUUAUGAAGCGACACAACUAUGGGUUGUACUCCGAAGAUGUGGAGUUCAUUAAUGGGCUGCUGCGCAUGAAGACGAGGGGCCGGUUGGUGUACCAGCUGACACUGACACUGUGGCAGCUGCUCUGCCGCCUCUACAUGGCCGACGUGCGACUGGAGGUGCUGAAGCUGACCAAGCACAGCGAGGACGGCACAGUGCGGGCGCGCUGGAGGCUGCGGGGGCAGCCCUACCACCUCAUGCUGCUGUACUUCUACAGGCGGGACAAGGCCCCUCUCUACAGGAGCUACGAUGCCUUCUCCACGUUCUACGUGGGGCCAGACGGACUCAUACACCGUCACAGGGUGGACAAGGUGAUGCAGGUCCAGCCCCCAGUCCUCCCCCGAAUUACGUCGCUCCUGACUGGCGCCUUGGUGGCCCUGGGGGUCCAGGAGCACAGACCUGCCCUGAAUCUGCUGCCUUUCCUGCUGUCCUCUCUGCGCCUGGGGAGGCAGUGAGGCCCGUGGGGGCCAGGAGGCAGAGAGAGAAAGGGGGACACGGUGGGAGACAGUGGGAGCUGGUUAGAGAGACACUCGUCCACAUGAAGUCAAAGAUCAAGGUCCCGAUGUAAAUGGGAGUGAAGAGGAUCCGAUUAUGGGCUGAAAAAUGUAACUCCGACUGCAGGAACUCGCUUGUCAAUCCCAGCCAGGGUGUGCAGAGGGGCGUGGGAAUCGGUCCAGCUGCGUUCAUGGUCCCACGACACCAAGGUCCGUGAGGUCUCAGUUUGUUACGGCAGUACCCCCCCCCCCCAAAGAGCAUCGGUACCGUCUGGCUGUCAAACUGCGCUCUCGAGGGCCCUUUGCGAGUCGCAUGGGUCCCCCUAACAUGUGCCGGCAUGUGUGUGUGUUCGUGCACGUGGCCCCCCCACCUGGAUUAGCAUUCCUUGCGAUUCAGAAGCUGUACCGGGAAUAAACGUUCUGCACUAGACUCUGGCUGCUGUGUGACGUACGACACUCUGAUGUGUGUGCCGAUGUUCUGCUGUACACUCGUCAUGCUGGGCCCCCCCUAGAACAGCAAGUGUCGCUACCACUGGGGGGUUAGGAGUAACGGAACCAGAAAUUUCUCUGUAAUAUUUUUAUAGCUAAAAUGCAGUAUAUUUAUUAACUUCUUCAAUUCUUAGCAAAUGAACUCACAGUUAGCAGUAGCAUGCUAAACCAAAGCAAAAGUUUUGGAGAGGGAGGACAAAAUAGCUUUGCCUGUCUUAAAAUGUAACAUUCUUACAGCCAGGGGGCAGCAGAGAGCUUUAUCGUCAAUGUGUAGUGAGAGUGUAAUGAGUACUGUUACUAUGUCAGAACAAAUUUUUUACAAAAUUGAUUUAAAUUUUUUUUUUUCCGCUUUUCCUGCUGGCUAGUGCUGCAUUUUUCCUUAAAUCUAAUCCGGUAAACCAUUCUGCAAUCUUGUCGUACCAGGACUGGACCCAGACCUCAAAUGUGCAGGGUUGAGUAUCAGACACUAAAUCACAUGCUUUUCUGGACUGAUUAUCGCGAGUUGUGAUGAAUGGAGACAUUGGGCUGACCGUUCAUAGGUCUGAAAUUCUGUUUGGACCUCCAGUGUCGCCAGUCAUUCUAAAAUUCCCGUGAUCAGCUGCCUGAAGCUCUCACCAGUACAUGGGCCAGGCUACGGAUUAUGGAUGCAGAACUUCAGAGAUGUGCCUUCAGCCAGAAUGGGCCUAACAGACAGGUGAAUCCCUGAUUUCAGUUGUGCCUGGCAGCCUGGAUAGAAGUCUCUAGAACCGACUGUGUUUUUGAAGGUCUGAUCAGACCAGCCUUUAUGUUGUGAGAAAUGGUCUGAGGUGGCAUGAACGUGAAGAUGGCUGUCACAAGUAAAAAAAAUAUGCUUGAUCAAUCUCCAGAUACAUUUUACCGUAUUUAGUGUUGUUCAUUCAUCCAGUCUUAGCUGUUCACGUCUCCAUUUAAGAUUAAAGGCAGUUCAACUUCACUGACAGCUGUGUAUAUGUUCAGGGCCGAGUCUGGUUCGAUCAAGUUAUUUCGGAGUAUAAAAUAGGAAGCCACUGUGUUGAGUGAGCGUUAGUGUCUGUGUUAUCUUGUAAGUGCAAUAAUACACGUGACAUGAACCAGUGUCCAAGGCACCUUAAGGCCACCGAAGACCAGAUUGAACGUUCAUGGAAAGCCUCACCCUCACCUAGGACACUUCCUGGAGGUGUGUGGGAAGAACGGAUGUAGACUGAUGAUCAGAAGCUCCUUGUUAAAGCAUCAUACUCUUGCCGUUUAAAGCAUGACCACUUUGCACGGACCAGCAACUGAAGAGGUAGCACUUAAGGACGUAGCACUUAAGGACCUGGAUGCUUUUAUGUUAGGCCUGAACUCAGAGAAGGGGCACCACUGUUUUGCCACAUGAAGAGCACCCCCUGCAGGAAGUGUGCGGAUGUACGUGUCGAUAUCUAAGAUGCCGUGAGUGAUUACCUUUGGGUAAAUGUUUGAGCAACUAAAUAUUGUAAAACAA